AAACCAUAUGAUUCCAAAAAAAAUGUUUGGAUUCCGGACAAAGAAGAAGGCUAUGUCGCUGCAGAUAUUAAGUCAACUAAAGGAGACAUCGUUACCGUUGUUGUCAACGGACAAGAGAAGCAAGUCAAGAAGGAUUUGGUGCAUCAAAUGAAUCCGCCAAAGCUGGAAAAAACUGAAGACAUGUCAAACUUGACAUUUUUAAACGAUGCCUCCGUGCUUCAUAACCUUAGAGCUCGAUAUUCGGAAAUGUUAAUUUAUACAUAUUCCGGCUUAUUUUGUGUUGUUAUCAACCCUUAUAAACGACUGCCAAUUUAUACUGAUUCUGUUGCGCAAAUGUAUAUGGGUAAACGUCGAACUGAGAUGCCACCUCAUCUUUUUGCUGUUUCUGAUGAGGCCUACCGUAAUAUGCUUCAAAAUCAUGAAAAUCAAUCUAUGCUCAUUACCGGUGAAUCUGGAGCCGGUAAAACUGAAAACACAAAAAAGGUAAUUGCAUAUUUCGCAUCAGUUGGCGCAAGUCAACAAAUUCUUGGUAUUAGCAUGACACCGAAAACUGAUAAGAAAAAGGUCACUCUUGAAGACCAGAUUGUUCAAACGAAUCCAGUUCUGGAAGCAUUCGGAAAUGCUCGUACUGUACGAAAUAAUAACUCUUCAAGAUUUGGCAAAUUCAUCCGUAUCAUGUUCUCAAAACAUGGAAAAGUUGCAUCCUGUGACAUUGAGCACUACCUGCUAGAAAAAUCUCGAGUUAUUAGGCAAGCACCAGGAGAACGAUGCUACCAUAUUUUCUACCAAAUGACUUCAGACUACAAACCGGAAUUAAAGCCACUGUUAAAGAUUGAUAAACCACUUAAAGAUUACUAUUUUGUGGCACAAGCUGAACUCACUGUUGAUGGCAUGAACGAUGCAGAGGAAUUUCAGCUUACCGACGAAGCUUUUGACAUCCUUCAUUUCACACCAGAAGAAAAACUAAAUUGUUACAAGUUAAUGGCUGCACAUAUGCAUCUUGGCAACACCAAAUAUAAGCAACGUCCUCGAGAAGAGCAAGCUGAGCCAGACGGUACCGAUGAAGCCGAAAAAGCAGCUGAAAUGUAUGGUGUUGCUGUGGACGAUCUUUUGAAGGCCUUCACUCACCCUCGAGUUCGCGUUGGAACCGAAUGGGUGAACAAAGGACAAAAUGUGGACCAGGUUACAUGGGCAGUUGGAGCUAUGGGAAAAGCCGUUUAUGGCAGAGUUUUCAACUGGAUUGUUAAAAAGUGCAAUAUCACUCUCGACCAGAAAGGCAUUCCGCGUGAUUAUUUCAUCGGUGUCCUUGAUAUUGCUGGAUUUGAGAUUUUUGAUUUCAACUCAUUCGAACAGCUCUGGAUCAACUUUGUCAACGAAAAGCUGCAACAGUUCUUCAACCACCAUAUGUUCAUUUUGGAACAAGAAGAAUAUGCUCGCGAAGGCAUUGAAUGGAAAUUCAUCGAUUUUGGCCUAGAUUUGCAAGCCUGUAUUGAGCUUAUAGAAAAACCGUUGGGAAUUAUCUCAAUGCUUGAUGAAGAGUGCAUCGUGCCGAAGGCCACUGACAUGACAUUAGCUCAGAAACUUAAUGAGCAGCAUCUGGGUAAACAUCCAAACUUUGAGAAGCCAAAACCACCAAAAGGGAAGCAGGCAGAAGCUCACUUUGCUAUGAGGCAUUACGCUGGCCUUGUUCGCUACAAUGUUACCAACUGGUUGGAGAAGAACAAAGACCCACUUAAUGAUACUGUCGCCGCCUGUCUUAAAGAAUCGAAAGGGAAUAAGUUGUUGAAUGAGAUUUGGGCGGAUUAUGUAACGCAAGAAGAAGCAUCGAGUGAUAGAAGUGGCACAAAAAAGAAGGGCAAGAGUGGUUCCUUCAUGACGGUGUCGAUGCUUUACAGAGAGUCCUUGAACAACUUAAUGACUAUGUUGUACAAAACGCAACCUCACUUUAUUCGAUGCAUUAUUCCAAAUGAAAAAAAGAAAUCUGGAUUGCUGGAUGCCUCUCUUGUUCUCAACCAGCUGACCUGCAAUGGUGUAUUAGAAGGGAUCCGAAUAUGUCGCAAAGGGUUCCCAAACAGAACAUUACAUGCCGAUUUCAAGGAACGUUACGCGCUUUUAGCUGCCGUCGAAUCUAAGUCAAGUGAAGAUGCGACACAGUGCUGUACUGCUAUGCUUGCAAGGCUAGUUAAAGAAGGAAGCAUAAAAGAAGAGCAUUUCAGAAUUGGGCACACAAAGAUUUUCUUCAAGGCUGGGGUCGUGGCUCAUUUGGAAGAUCUCCGUGAUGAAAAAUUAAGCAUUCUUAUAACAGGACUGCAAGCACAGAUCCGGACUUUCUAUCGACAGAUUGAGUUUGCUGAGAGAAAGAAACUCGCUAUGGCUCAAAAGUGCCUACAGAAGAACAUCAAACUAUGGAUACAUCUCCGUACUUGGGACUGGUUUAAGUUGUAUGGACGUGUGAAGCCGUUGCUUAAAGCAGGAAAAGUACAAGAAGAAAUGGAGAAACUUCAAGAAAAAGUUGUUCAACUGGAAUCCUCGCUAAGUGAGGAAGGAAAGAGAAGGCAGGAAUUGGAAGAAGUUAUUGCAAAGGCUAAUGCUGAAAGGGAUUCCUUGUUAGCGCAGUUAGCAGAUUCCAAAACUGGUACCGCUGCAGUGGAAGACCGACUUGCCGCUUUACAAGCGGCCAAAGCCGAAUUGGAAAGAAAUUUGACGGAAGUUAAUGACCGCCUUUCCGAACAGGAAAACCGGACCUCGAACGUAACGAGGGAUAAGAAGAGAGUUGAGGAAGAAUGCGAUAAAUUGAAGCGCAGUAUACAGGACUUAGAAUUACUGUUACGAAAAACAGAAUCUGAAAAAUCAUCUAAAGACAGCCAGUUGCGCGCAAUACAAGAGGAAAUGAAUCAGCAAGACGAAACUAUUGCUAAACUGAACAAAGAAAAAAAACACCAAGAAGAGGUAAACCGGAAACUUUACGAAGAUAUUUCUGCAGAAGAGGACCGAAGUAAUCAAGUGAAAAGGCAAAAAGAAAAACUUGAACUACAGAUGGAGGAGCUGGAGGAAAUGUUGGAACGAGAGAAACGCAAGCGAGCUGAUGCAGAGAAAUCAAAGAGGAAAACAGAAGGCGAGCUUAAACUGAGUCGUGAAACCAACGAAGAAUUAAAUAAGAAAAUUCAUGAUAUGGAAGCCGGACUGAAGGCUAAGGAGAGUGAUGUCCAGGUAAUGGGAGUCAAAGUUGAAGAGGAGCAGGCUAAUCUUGUUAGACUACAACGGCAGAUUAAAGAUGAGGUAAACCGUGUACACGAGCUUGAGGAAGAAUUAAGAAGUGAACAGCAGGCAAGGUCUAGGGCUGAUCGCGCCCGUGCUGAAUUACAGUCUGAAUUAGAGGAAAUGAGUGAUCGUCUUGAGGAACAAGCUCGCGCUACUAGCAUACAAAUUGAGUUCAAUAAAAAGCAAGAUGCUGAGCUCGCCAAGCUACGACGAGAUCUGGAAGAAGCAAAUAUGAACCACGAGAAUUCGUUAGGCGCAAUGCGGAAAAAAACGAUGGAUUCUGUAAGUGAACUGACCGAACAGCUGGAAGAAAUGCAGAAGCUCAAGGUUAAAACCGAAAAGGAGCGCGUGAAUCUGCAACGGCAGUUGGAUGAUUCUGUUGCAAUUAAUGAUUCCUUAGUAAAACAGAAGACAGAUCAGGAAAGAAUUAUCAAAGGUAUGGAAAUACAGCUCAGCGAUUUUCAAAUCAAAUGUGAAGAGCAAAACCGACAGCUUCAAGACUUUGUGUCGCUGAGAGGAAGGCUGCAGAGUGAGAAUAGUGACCUCAACCGGCAAAUUGAAGAUCUUGAAAGCCAGGUAGCUGUGCUUACUCGAGCUCGCGUUCAACUUACCACGCAGUUGGAGGAUGCGAGAAGGAAUGCUGAUGAAGAAACGAGAGAAAAACAAAUUGUGAGCGUUAACCUCAAGAAUGCUCAACUUGAAAUUGAACAACUCAAAGAGCUGCUGGAAGAAGAGGGGGAGUCUAGAGCUGAAAUUCUUCGUCAGUUAAGUAAGGCUAAUGCGGAAGUAAUUCAGUGGAAGAACCGAUUUGAAGAAGAGGGUCUUGUUCCUGGAGAAAGGUUUGAAGAGGUGAAACGAGCACAAGACACUACGAUACACGAGCUACGUGAAGCACUCGACUCCGCCAAUGCGAAAAUUAGCGCCUUGGAAAAAGGGAAAGCUCGCUUGGCGAGAGACGCUGAAGAUGCUCAGAAUGAAUGUGCUCGCCAUCUGACAACAGUCACACAGCUGGAUAAAAAGCAGAAAGCAUUUGAUAAGAUUAUUGAUGAGUGGAAGAAGAAGGUGGAUGACUUGAAUAACGACUUAGACAUGGCACAAAAGGAUGCUAGAACGACUGCGACUGACCUGUUUAAAGAAAGAGCUGCGACUGAAAAUUUGAAUCUACAAGUUGAAGGACUGAAAAGAGAAAAUAAAGCUCUUUCCCAAGAGGUCAAAGAAUUGCAGAGUCAGUUGAGUGAAGGCGGCCGAUCGGUUCAUGAUAUGCAGAAAAUCAUUCGUCGUGUCGAACUCGAAAAAGAUGAAUUACAACACGCACUCGAUGAGGCUGAGGCUGCGUUAGAAGCGGAAGAGUCCAAGGUAACAAGGGCCCAAAUUGAAGUAUCACAGAUUCGAACUGAAAUUGAAAAACGAAUUCAAGAAAAGGAAGAAGAAUUUGAGAACACGAGAAAAAACCACCAACAAGCCUUAGAAUCAAUGCAGGCAACUUUGGAAGGAGAAAACCGAGAAAAAGCGGAAGCUGUUCGAGCUAGAAAGAAGUUAGAGACCGAUGUCAACGAACUUGAAAUAAAUCUUGAUCAUGCAAACAAAGCCAAUGCAGAUGCGCAGAAAGCAGUCAAACGAUAUGCUGAUCAAGUUCGAGAACUUCAAACUGCUCUGGAAGAAGAGCAACGAAAGAGAGAAGAGCUUCGGCAGAGUUAUAACGCUGUAGAAAGGAGAGUUGCUGUUGCACAAGCUGAGAAAGAAGAUCUACAAGCUCGACUGAUACAGGUCAGGAAAUCCGCUCAUGUUGCUAGUGCACAUGCCUCAACUGUAAACUCAAAUCGAUCUAAACUUGAAACAGAAGUUCAGUUGCUAAGGAGUGAUCUCGCUUCAGCGCUUGAUGCACUGAAGGAAUCUGAGGAUAAGUUAAAGGCCGCGGCUCUUGAUUCCACUAGAUUAAAUCAACAGUUGCGGAUAGAGCAAGAAAAUAGCCAACAUCUAGAUAAAAUGAGGAAGGAGAUGGAACUUCAAAUGAGAGACAUGCAGCUUCGACUUGACGAUGCCGAGCAAGCAGUGGUAAAAGGUGGGCAGAAGACUGUGACAAAGUUGGAACAACGUAUCAAAUCUCUAGCAACAGACCUAGAAAUUGAACAGCGCCGGUAUCAAGAAAAUGCUAAAAAUACAAUCAAGCAGGAAAGAAAGAUACGAGAAAUGCAGUUCCAGGCGGAGGAAGACAAAAAGCAUAUCGAUUCACUGAACGAUUUAGUCGAAAAAUUACAGAACAAAAACCGCGUCUUCAAAAAACAACUUGAUGAAGCGGAACAGCUAGCGAGUGUAAACUUGCAAAAAUAUAAGCAAAUAAUGCUGGCUCUAGAAAAUGCCGAAGAAAGAGCCGAUGCCGCCGAAAAUAGCCUUAUGAAGGUGCGAAGUCGAACUCGCAAAAAUAAGACUCAGAAAUCGAUCACCGUUGACCGAAGUGGCUAG